CGCAAGGUAUAUAAGAGCUGGGAUUUGGCUGUCUCAUCGGAGUCACAUCUUCAAAGUCUGGUUCCACUGCUGAGAAAUGUUCCGUCUACUGGUUGUUUUUGUUGUUUGUAUCGGCCACACAAAGGCAACAACAUGCACAGAAUGCAAGACUACCUACAGCGAUGCUGACAAAGAUGAUGAUACUAAGAAAUGCACAGCCUGGAAAGCCUAUAUGACUUGUUUAGAGUCAUCAGCCCUCACAGAUGCAGGAUGUCCACUAACUGCGACAGAGGCUGCAGCUGUCAAAGCCGACCACGACGCUAUUGCAACGAACUGCGACCUGGACGCCGUUGAGGCGUGUGCAUGUCAGAAGACAUUUUGGGGAACCGACCAAACAUCUAAAUCUGGAAAGUGCACAGCUCUGGCUGCGUAUCUAAAAUGCCUUGCACCGGCAGCAUCUGGAGGAUGUGCAGACGAAAGUGUCGCAACUCUUUCGACAAAAGCUUCGACUAACCUUGUUGCCACCCAGUGCAUUGGAUGCGAAGAGCAGUCCGGCGCAGGUCAAGUCUCUGCUUUGGUAACCUUAGUGAUGUCUUUGGCUGCUGGCGCAAUGAUGUAGGCAUUGAACUCGAUCACUUGCAAGCCGAAUCUUGUCCUGACGCAAUGAACAAAUGCAGUAAUGUGAUUAUGUGACCCCUUUUAGUGUAGCAGUGCUCCAUACUGUGAUGACGUGUUGAGUUUCUGGCUUUAAAAUGUCAGUUUUUCCAUUGAAAAUAAACGGUAUUGUUCACUUA